AUGGACUGGCCACUGAGCGUAGCAGAGAAGCAGAGCCGAGCCUUUGACCUCUAUCAGCGCGAGGUUGUGGCGGUUGAAGCGUCCUUGCAGGCCGCAGAACGCGAGCUAAGGAAGCUCAAGGAUGACCAAGGCAGGUCACAAAGCUUCAAGGAUAUUGGUUUAAGUUCUGGCAAGGCAGACUCUCACCGGAAGUAUGUCGCCAUGAAAGCAGAAGAGGAAAAGCCUGAGAGGAAAGCCACUUUCGAUCACCAGGAGCGGUCCAAAGCCAGUGCGGAGCGAGUGGAAGAGUGGCGGAAUAGAAGCAAAACUUUGGACUCCACGGAGGAGAUGGUCACGUGGCAGGAGUCCGGUGGACUCAUAGUUGAACGUUGA